AUGUACGGCGCGCCGCUGUCCAAGGACCUCAACCUGCCAGUCCAGCACCAGCCGGCGGCGAACGGCGUGCGCACGCCGCCGCAGAUGAGCUCCCCCGGCCUGCUGCGGUACCGGUCGGCCCCGAGCGCCAUGUUCGGCGACGUGUGCGGGGACUUCCUCCCGGCCUCCGCGGGCGCUGGCGUGGGGCACCGCCAGGGCAGCCCGGACCACGCCGCCGACACCGGCUUCGCCCGCCUCCUCUCCGGCCACCACACCCAGCACCAGCCCGAGAUGAGGGACAAGCCUCCCCGCCCCGCCGCCAGCCACUUCGCCGAGGACGCCGCCGCCUCCAUGGCCUCGCAGCAGCAGCAGCUCAUGUACCAGUCGCAGCAGCAGAUGGCCGCCAUGGAGGGGCUAUUCCGCACGGCAAGCUCCGGCGCCACGGACCCCGUCGCCACCGGCGGCGGCAACGACAGCCUGCUCCGGCAGAGCAGCUCCCCCGCCGGGUUCCUCAACCAUCUGAACAUGGACAACGGCUACGGGAGCAUGCUCAGGGCGGGCAUGGGCGGCGCCGCUGGCGGGGGAGGAUACAGGAACGGCGACACGCGGCUCAAGGGGCAGCUGAGCUUCUCGUCGCGGCAGGGGUCGGUGAUGUCGCAGAUCUCGGAGAUGGUGAGCGAGGAACUGGGCGAUGGCGACAGCGGCGACGACGAGGCCGGCAGCAACGGAGCCGGCUACGGCGGCAUCCCCGGGUACCCGGUGGUCGCCCCCUCGGCCGGCGCCGGCUGGGACGAGCCCUCGCCGUCCCCGUCGCCCUCGCUGCUGACGUCCGACGGCCUGCCCGGGCCGGCCGCGAAGCGGCGCCCGCGCGACGGCCCCGCCAACGGCGCGGCGCGGCAGCUGAAGCCGCAGUUCAGCCUGCCGGUCGGCAGCAAGCCGUCGCCGGAGAUUGCGGCCAUCGAGAAAUUCCUCCAGUUCCAGGACUCGGUGCCGUGCAAGAUCCGCGCCAAGCGCGGCUGCGCCACCCACCCCCGCAGCAUCGCCGAACGGGUGAGGAGGACGAAGAUCAGCGAGCGUAUACGGAAGCUGCAGGAGCUCGUCCCCAACAUGGAGAAGCAAACCAACACCUCCGACAUGUUGGAUCUGGCUGUCGACUACAUCAAGGAGCUCCAGAUGCAGGUCAAGGUGAUGAAGGACGGCCGGGCGAGCUGCACCUGCGCGGCGGGCAGGCCGCCGAGGAGCUUCGCCAGCUGA